AUGACUUAUUUCAAAGAUGAGAUCAUCUCUGAUGAAAUCUCAGUUACUGUUGCUCGUGAUCAGAAUAUCUUUCGGUCACAACAAAGCACUUUAGCUCAAUCGACGUGGAGUGAGAACAAGUCGAUGCGAAAAGAAGAAGAGCCACGUCCGCGGAAAGAUCCACCCCAAGCAAUCUUGUUGAAUUGGAAUGACACCAAGUCCGGAAGGAUCAAGGAAGAACCUCGCCGGGGGUAG